GGUUUUUUCCAGUCCUAUGCAGUGGAAGUAGAUGUAAAGGAUGCCUCUAACGCUACGUGCCUGUAUGCAAAAUGGAUGAUGAGAUUCUUGAUAAAAUAUGAAACAAACAGUAGUGAUUAUAGAAAUGCAACCUUGAACUCGCUGUCCAAUGUGACACACAAUGGCAGCGUCUGUGGCAAUGACACACAAGCUGCGCUUCUGGCAGUACAGUUUGGAGAAGGUCACUCUUGGAGCAUUAACUUUACAAAAACCAAUGAAACUUACCAGGGAGACUUCAUCACAUUUACCUACAACACCAAUGAUACUGUUGUAUUUCCUGAUGCUAAGAGAAAAGGACCAAUUACUGUUGUUGUAAAGGAUACUAUGGGUCCAGUUGAACUGAAUAACAUCUUUGUAUGUCAUAAUACUGACUUCUUUGAAGCAGAAAAUGUAACACAGAUUUUCUGGAAUGUUACUGUGCAGGCUUUUGUUCAGAAUGGCACAAUCAGUAAAAAAGAGUCUAGAUGUCGUGCUGAUACACCUACUUCUGCACCUACUGUUCCGCCGACGAGUGCCAAUAUAACCACUGCAUCUACCACCACUUUAUCGCCUGCUCCAACCACUGCUCCCAAACCUGUGGAAAACCCAGUCACCGGCAACUAUUCUCUUAAAAUUGGAAAUAGAACUUGUCUUCUGGCUAAUGUGGGGCUGCAGCUGAAUGUUUCCCAAGAGAAGCCUCUUCUGAUCAACCUCAAUCCAAAGACAACUAGUGCAGAUGGUGCCUGUGGUAACACAACAGCUACUCUGAAGUUGAAUGAUGGAAAUAGCACCUUCAUUAGUUUCACAUUUGUUGUUAAAAAUGUAAGUGCAAGCAUGCAAAAAUUUUAUCUGAAAGAGGUGAAUGUUACACUGCUCAACCGCCUGAAUGGUUCUGUCAUUUCAAAUGCAGAUAACAACAAUUUCAGCAAAUGGGAUACCUUCCUUGGGAGUUCUUAUUUGUGCCGAAAAGAGCAAACUCUUGAGGUUAAUGAAGAUCUUCAAAUACGUACUUUUAAUCUAUGGAUUCAACCAUUCCUUGUGAAGGCUAAUAAGUUCUCUACAGCCCAGGAGUGUUCGCUGGAUGAUGACGGCAUUCUAGUCCCAAUUGUAGUUGGUGCUGCACUUGCUGCCUUGAUUGCUAUUAUAGUGAUUGCUUACAUAAUUGGCAGAAGAAAAAGCUAUGCUGGAUAUCAAACUUUGUGAAUCUGAAUGUGAUUCCUGUUCUGAUUUCACUCUAAACAAAGCAAGUGCAAGUUCUGAAGUCCAAAAAAGACCCAAAACUUAAGAGUAAUUACUAGCCACAGCUAAUUGGAGUUGAGAAACAAAGAGAAUCUUCAUCUCAGAUGAAGCAGAACUACUUUUAGUUUUCCUGCUCUAAGAAGACGACGUGAGUUUCGUAGCUGUUUUGAAGAUGUCAAAUAUUGGAUGGAUUUCUAGG